GCCCGGCUCCUCCUGCCCCUGCUCUGCUGCGCCCUGGCCUCCCGCCGCACGGGUGCCAUGGCCCUGCAGCCCCCCAGCAUCACCGGCCUGCGGACGCCGGCACAGCCCCCCCGCCUGGGGGAGAGCGUGACGGUCUCGUGCGAGGCGGUGAGCGGCCUCCCCGAGCUCACGCUGCUCUACUGGCUGGGGAACGGCUCCUUCGUGGAGAAGCUGCACCCGGAGGGGGCCGUGCACGAGGGGACGGUGCUAGAGGAGCCACAGGGCGCAGGGGUGGUCCUGCGCCGUGACCUGCACUUCCGCUCCUUUGGCACCCAGCACCUGCACACCAACUUCACCUGCGUGGUGCUCAGUCCCCUCGGCGUCGACACCAGGGCGGUGCAGUGGCUGCGCCCGGCCCCGGCCCCUGCCGAGAGCGGGGGACUGGGCUGA